CUAUAUAAGGAAAACAAUCCGACAAGAUAAAGAUCUUCCUUUAUUCAGAUGUUCCAAUUGUAAAUCCACUGUAUAAACUAAACGACACGAUAUCCGUUCAAAUGGAUUUCGUUUUGUGUGUACUGCUGUUAACCUUUUUUGGUACAAAUGAUUGUAAAAUCAAAGUAAAAGUUGGUGACAUUGCUAUUUUUGUUACCCCAGAAACAAAUGAACCGAGUUGUGUAAAGUAUAAUGGACAUAACUUGGAUCUAGGAGUUGGUGAGCUGAUGACAUAUAUGUCACCGAAGCACGAGAAGUACCAGUACUAUGCAGAUAAGGCCAAGGAAGAUGGAACGUAUGAUUAUGAUAUCGCAUUUGAGAUAUAUGAUCUUUAUCAAGCGAAAAUAGAUAAAUUUACAGACGAUUAUAUAUUAUUGGAUUAUGUGAGUAUGCUAACUGGUUAUAGUGAUGAGGAUAUAUCGAAAAAUGAUGAUAAAAAUGAAGGUAAUGAUAAAAGAAAUAAAAAAAUAUUAAUAGCUCAAUGAACAUGGGAAAUUAUUGUAUACUAUAAAAUUGUAUUAUUUAAAAUGAGUACAAUAAAGAUCUAUUAUCACUA